CGACUGCGAGCGACCACCGCUGCUGGGAAACAUUUAGUGUCACACCGUAAUGUCCUAUUUGAUGUGUAAAAUAAAAUAUUAUAUAUGUGUACAUUCUAUUCGCUUAUAGUCCAGUACUUUCAGAAUAGCUUUUUCAACAAGAAAAUUGCAUAACGCCUUUUUGAAAACGAGUAGUUACAACAUCAUUUAAAUUGGUGGAAAAACAUAUGCCAUUUUCUGCAAUGACCUACACAAGUGCAGCAGUGCUGCAGCUCAAGUUGCACUCAGCACUGGAAUAGGGCUGGUCAUUUACCCAUAUUGAACAUGGCUGCCUCAUUGCUAUGAUGAAACACGCCUGUAACUAAUUUUGUUGUCAUAAAAAUUCAUCUAGUGGUGCUGAAAUGAGGUGGUUGGUGUGUCUCUCGGUGCUCUUGCAGUGGCCCUGAACCCUGUGUAGGUAGCACCUCCAGCCCUCCAUCCCUGCUCCUGCCAGGAUGUCCAGCUCUGGGUCCUCAGCCAGCCAGGGGCCCUUCAGCAGUGAGCAGAGCUGCUACCCACCCCACUCCACCCACUACACUUUCACCGCAGGGCGCCACCAUCAGCCAGAGUUUGGGGCCCUGGACUGCCGACCUCAUCUGCAGGAGCUGAGCUCUGCGUCCCAGCUGCUCCAGCUGCAGCGGCGUGGGCCGUCCCUGCUCUCCGCGUUCCACCCUGGGGCCGAGAGGUCCUCCGAGAGGAGACAUGACUACGGACCGCAGUUCCACCCCGUAUCCACCCAGCCCGAGCACCAGGCUUCGGGAUCCAAGCGGCCUCGCGUGGAACCCGUCUCAGAACCGCAUUUCCCACGUGCCUCAGUGCCUGGGCCAGUCCUGCCCCUCCCCCACAGCCUGCACGAUGGCCUGAGGACCACAGGGGGCUUUAAAAAGGAACCCCAGUUGGGGGUGAAGGCUGAGCUGCCCUCCCCCAGCACCCAGCAUCAUGCUGGGGAUGAGCAGGACAGCUCUCCCUCCAAGCUGUCCAAGGAGGAGCUGAUCCAGAGCAUGGAUCGCGUAGACCGCGAGAUCGCUAAGGUGGAGCAGCAGAUCUUUAAGCUGAAGAAGAAGCAGCAACAGUUGGAGGAUGAGCGUGAACCGCGGAGCAGAGAGCCGCUACAACCCCACUCACCUGCUACGACCCCACCUUAUGAAGAACGUCAUGGGUUUUCUGUACCUCUUCAUUUACAGAAAAAAGCUGAGCAGGCUCACUGCAUUCUGGAAGGACUCGGGCCGAAGGUUGAACUGCCUCUUUACAAUCAACCAUCUGAUACAAAGGUUUAUCACGACAACAUUAAGAUUAACCAGAUGAUGAGAAAGAAGCUUAUUCUUUUCUUCAAGAGGAGGAAUCAUGCUCGCAAACAGAGGGAGCAGAAGAUCUGCCAGCGCUAUGACCAGCUGAUGGAGGCCUGGGAGGAGCAGGUGGAGCGCAUGGAGAACAACCCCCGGCGCAAGGCCAAGGAGACGCGCACCCGCGAGUACUACGAGCGCCAGUUCCCCGAGAUCCGCAAGCAGCGCGAGCAGCAGGAGCGCUUCCAGAGGGUUGGCCAGCGGGGCACUGGCCUCUCGGCAACCAUCGCCAGGAGCGAGCACGAGAUUUCUGAAAUCAUCGACGGGCUGUCGGAGCAAGAGAACAGCGAGAGGCAGAUGCGGCAGCUGUCCGUCAUCCCUCCCAUGCUGUAUGACUCGGAGCAGCGGAGGGUGCGCUUUAUCAACAUGAAUGGGCUGAUGAGCGACCCCAUGAAGGUGUACAAAGCCCGGCAGUUCAUGAAUGUGUGGAGCGAGCACGAGAAGGAGAUCUUCAAGGAGAAGUUUAUACAGCAUCCAAAGAACUUUGGCCUUAUCGCAUCAUAUUUAGAGAGAAAGUGCGUCUCUGACUGUGUUUUGUAUUACUACUUGACAAAGAAGAACGAAAACUACAAGACCUUAGUGAGACGCAACUUUGGCAGACGCAGAGGUCGAAACCAGCAAAUAACACGUCCCACACAAGAAGAGAAGUCAGAGGACAAGAUGGAAGAGGAAAAAGGGGACAGAAAGGAAGAAGAAGAAAAGGAAGAGGAGGAAAAAGAUGAAAAAGAGGAAUCAAAGGACAAAGACAAGGUGAGGCAGGGCGGCGGCAAGGAGCCUCGCAUCACCCGCAUGACAUGCCCUGGGGAACCACCCCCCCCCCCCCUCCAUCACCACCCACCGAGCCUGGUGAGGAACCCACCCAUCCCCCACUCACCACCACCCACCGAGCCUGCCCUUCAACCAGAGCCAGCCCUGACUGUGAAGCAGGAGCCCGGUGCUAGGACUGGGCGGGACCGGGCCAAAACCCCCACCCCUCCCAUGGUAGCCAUGGACGCACAGUCACACAAAGGUGUCGCUGAGGCCGGGGAGACUUCUCGCUGGACCGAGGAAGAAAUGGAAGUGGCUAAACAAGGCUUAGCAGAGCACGGGCGCAACUGGACGGCCAUCGCCAAGAUGGUGGGCACCAAGAGCGAGGCGCAGUGCAAGAACUUCUACUUCAACUACAAGAGACGCCACAACCUGGACAACCUGCUGCAGCAGUACAAACAGGAUGCCCGACGGGCGAGCGGGGACGGGGACGUCAAUCAGAGUGAGGGCGGGGCCCCUACUGGUGCGGAGAAUGAGGACUUCAAUGAGGAUGAGAACCCAGGAGACAGUGAAGAGAACAGCUCGGACACAGAGAGUGCCCCCUCUCCGUCCCGGUCCGAGCGGCCCCCUGGAGCGGAGGCCUCAUCGGGGCGGGAGAGCGCCACGGAGGGCCCCAGGGGCCCCGAGCCAGCGCUCAGGGACCAAAGCCGGAGGGAGGAGGCUAACCCCGAAGCACGCCCCCUCCUCCAGGACCCGGGCGCGGCCGGGGCGGGGCCAGCAGACGGGGACACAUCCCAGCCCCACGCCAGGGCGCGAGACAAGGGAGCGGAGGCGGACACAGGGUCCGGCCCCACCCACGCAGGCCAGCAGGGCGACACCCAGUCAGACCACGACUCCAGCGCCACCUGCAGUGCCGAUGAGGAUGUGGACAUGGAGCCGGACAAGCUGAGCGUGUUCUCUGGGGAGAAGCGAUCCUUGCUGAGCCCUGGCUCGGUGCUGGUGUCCUCAGCCAAACAGGGCCACUGGCAGCGUGCUGCCGACAUCCCUCCCAUGGCGUCCCUGCCCUUUGAUGCUGGCGGUGUGCCUCUGGGCACCCCCAUCAUUGGCUACGGCAUGUUCCAGCAGCAGAUCAGAGCCGCGCACGAGUCCGUCCACCAGGGGGAGCCAGAGAGGUGGCCGCCGCACUGCCCCCGAAUGUCCACCAGGAGCCCCACUGUACUGGACGGGGAGGAUCCUAACCAGGCAGUCCCGAACCCCGCCCACACGACCCACACCCCCCUCUCCAGGCACGGUCAGCGCCCCACCAACAUUCCGUCCCCUCCCCCCCUCAUCCCGUCGGCCAAACUACCCGACAAGCCGUCUUUCAUCCAGGGGGGGUCCAUCUCCCAGGGAACUCCUGGCACGUACCUGCCAUCCCACAGCCAAGCUGCGUACGGUCAGGAGGCAGCCAGGACCGCAGCGGGGUCUAUAUCACUGGGGCUGCCAAGACUGCCGGAUCCCGCCACAGUGUCUUACGCCAGGCUGGAGGAGAGCUUGCACACAGAGGGGUUCCUCUCCCUCACCCGUGUCCAGUACGAGGGCAUGGCCAGGGGAAACCCUACGUCUGCUGCUCAGGACGGGAGCGUAACCAUGGGAACUCCUGCCAAAGUGUCCUCCGAGGCCCCGCCCUUCCGCACCGGCUCCAUCACGCAGGGGACACCAGCCCUGUCACAGCCAGGCGUGGCGGCAGACGUCCUGUUGAAGGGCACCAUCACCAAACUGGCCACGGAGGACCAUUGCAACCCCGAGAGAUCCAGGGGCGAGGCCUUCUCCAAGGGUCAGGUCAUCUUCGAGGGCGAGAGCGGGCACAUCCUGUCUUAUACCUCCAUGAAGAAUCCCAAGGAGGACAUCAGGAGCCCUCGGGGGGGAGGAGAGCUCAAGCGGACCCAUGACAUGAUGGAGGGUUGGAUGACCGCAGGGCCUGCUCUCAGGGAGGCUGCUCUUUAUGAAGGUUUGGUAAGCCGGGCCAUGCCGAAAGACUCUUCCCACUCUGACCCCACAGACAGAGUGCCGCUCCCGGGAUCCAUCAUGCAAGGCACACCCCGUGGGCCGGCCGAAGCGUUUGAGGAGGGGCACAAGUACGGCAAGCAGACGAAGAGGGAGAGCCCCCCCGCGUGCUCCUUCGAGGGGGGCAUCAGCAAGGGCAAGCCCUACGAGGGGGUGAACACCAUCAGGGAGAUGGGCCGCUCUGUCCAUGAGAUUCCCAGGCAGGACCUCUCAGAACGAAACAGCCGAAAAGCCCCCGACCUUCCCCCCGGAGCCCGCCUCGUCCUGGACGGUUCCAUAUCCCAGGGUUCACAGCUGAAGUACGAGGGCAGCAGCCGGUCUCAGUCGGCCCUCAAGCACAAUGUCAAGUCGCUGCUCUCCGGCCCCAGCAAGGCCCACGGCCAGCCCCAGCGGGAGCCGGAGCGUGUGCGCCACACCGUGGUGACCUCCACCGCCUCUGUCCUGCGCUCCACCCACGCGGACUCCAGCAGGCCACAGCCGAGCCCUGGGGUGUUCGAGGACGCCGCGGCCCGGAGGACUCUCCUCAGCUACAGCGCCGGCUCCACACGUGAAGGGACCCCGCCCUCUGGGAAGGGAGCCGGGCACGAGACGAAGGGUACCCCAUCGCAGCAGGAGGCCGUUCCCACCAAGUCUCCGGGAACAGGGGGGGAGCCCCUCCCCCCACACGGGCCCUUUGACCCUCAUCACCGCGUGAUGAUGCCUGGAGAGGUGUACCGCGGCCACCUCCCCCACCUGGACCCUGCUGCCAACUUCCACCGAGGCAUGGACCCAGCUGCAUACUUAUUCCAGAGACACCCUUCCCCCGCUGGUUACCCCAGCACCUACCAGCUGUACGCCAUGGAGAACACGCGCCAGACCAUCCUCAAUGAUUACAUCACCUCCCAGCAGAUGCAGGUUGUCCCUCGGUCUGAUGUUGCCACAGCACUGUCGCCACGGGAACAGCAACUUGCUGUGCCCUAUCCUCCUGGCUCCCAAGGGAUUAUUGACCUGGCCCAGAUGCCUCCAGCAAUCCUAUUGGCUCACUCCGGGGUGACAGGCACGCCCCCUCUAGACCGCUUCGGCUACAUCCCUGGAGGUCAGGCUCCAUUCCCGCCCCGGCCUUUCAACCCAGCGUCCAUAUCUCCUGGACUUCCCGCCCACUUCGCCACUGCAACAGUCAGCGCUGAGCGCGAACGAGAGAGGGAGCGUGACCAGGAGCAGAAGGAGCAAGAGAGGGAGCAGAGGGAGCGUGGCCAUGAGCGGAGGGAGCGAGAGAGGGAGAGAGAGAGGGAGCAGAGGGAGAGGGAGCGCAUGGUGGCCAAUGAGUAUUUGCGCGGAGGCCUUGAGCCGGGCAGACCCGGUAGCCGUGGUUACCUGCGCUCCCCCUCCCCCUCCACGAGGCCGCAGGAGAGCGGGAUGCAGCAGAGGCCCAGCAUAUUCCAGAACACCAACAGCAAGAGUGUCAUCACCCCGCUGCCGCAAGUCCCCUCAGCCUGUCUGUCCCAGUCUGGCUCCCGUCGCAGCGCCCCCCUGGUGGACAGAGCCGUCUCGGCCCCUCAGAUGGACAUGGGCAAGGCUAGGGAGGGGCGCGCGGAUGCCUCUGCGCCUCGGCGUGCCCCCCCCCCCGGCGAGCAGCAGUACCAGAGGCAGGAGUUGCCGUACAUGCCUGACGCGGCCUCGCUCCCUGGCGCUAAGUCCCAGGGGGAGGACGGCAGGGAGAGGGCCCCGCCCACAAAAUCCCGCAUGGAGGAGGAGCUAAGGACCCGCGGCAAGACCACCAUCACCGCCGCCAACUUCAUCGACGUCAUCAUCACCCGAAAGAUCGCCUCCAACAAGGACUCCCGCGAGAGGGGCUCCCAGAGCUUGGACUCUUCUGGAAGCUUGCCUUCCAGUCGCUAUGAUGGGGGCAGCCCCGCCCUGCCUCCAGCACAGGCCCAGGACAGACAGGAGGACAGGCCCCUUCCAGGCACAGGCUCAUCACGCUCUUACCACUACGGCCAGCCGCUGGACUCCUUCCCUCCCCUGAAGCCCCCCUCCCCCCAGCCUGAGGGACGCCCUCCAGCCCCCAAGACCCACCGCGUCAUGACCCUGGCGGACCACAUCUCACAUAUCAUCGUACAAGACUUCGUCCGAAACAAGGAGCACAACUCUCAGCCUUCCUCCAAUGGCUCCCCUGCUCCCACCACCGCCACAUUCCAGAGCUCUGCCCCUUCUUCGACAAGCUCCGCCCCCAGCCAAGGCAGGCUGCCCAGCCGCUAUAGCACAGAGGCUAAAACCCAGUUUGGAAACCAUCAGAGGCCUUCUAGCAGAGUGUCACCUGAGAACACCUCCGAGCGGCCCAGAACCAGGGCUGGGAAGUCUCCAGAUCAGAGUGGAGUGGGGCUGGAUGCCUACGAGCCCGUCUCCCCCCUGCAGAGUUACCCCACCCUGGACAAAGAAGAUUCAGCCCCGCCACAGUGCCAGACACAAGAGGAGGACCCUUCAGAACAGAGGCUGGAUUCUCGCUCUCCUGGAAGUGUGAGUUACCAGCCCUCCUUCUUCACCAAGUUGGAGAACACUUCCCUGAUGGUGAAGUCCAAGAAACAGGAAAUAUUUCGCAAGAUGAACUCCUCAGGCAGAGGUGAUACUGAUGUUGCAAGUGCGCAGCCUGGCACUGAAAUCUUCAACUUUCCUGUGGUAACCAGUUCAAGCAACAUCAAUGCUAGAAAUCACUCCAUCAGCGAGCACGCCAGCAACCUGGGCCUGGAGGACAUUAUCCGCAGGGCGCUGAUGGGCAGCAUGGAGGACCAGCAGGAGAACCAGCGGGAGAACCAGCGGGAGGACCGGCUGGAGGACUGGCAGGAGAACCAGCGGGAGGACCGGCUGGAGGACUGGCAGGAGGACCGGCAGGAGGACCAGCGGGAGGACCGGCUGGAGGACUGGCAGAAGGACCGGCAGGAGGACCAGCGGGAGGACUGGCAGGAGACCGCAGAGGACCAGCGGAGGACACAGACGACAGGAGGACCGCGGGAGACCAGGGAGGACCGGCUGGAGGACUGGCAGGAGGACCGGCAGGAGGACCAGCGGGAGGACCAACGGGAGGACAGCCCGGGCGCUGGAGUCCAGCACGUCGGCAAUGCUCCUGCAGGUGUGGCAGCACCGAGUGAGAGCCAGCGGGAGGCCAAACACUCCCCCAGCAACAGCAGGCAGAGGGCUGCGGGGAGAGCCAGUAGCGGGAAGCCACAGUGUCCCAGCCCAGGACGGGGCCACGGCGGGCCGGAGCAACCAUCGCCCGGACCCACCGCACAGUCCCAGGCAGACUACCAGCACAAAAAUGUAGCAAGGUGGGCCUGGGAGGAGAGGCCCUCAUCUGCAGGCUCAGCCCAGUUCUCUUACAAUCCCCUGACUGUGCGCAUGGUGAACAGCAGCCCGCCCACCUCCACGGCGGCCCCGCCCCCCUCUCAGCAGGCCCCGCCCGGCCCUCUUCCUCCGAGCCGCGCGUGGGAGCGCCAGCCUCUGCUGUCAGAGGAGUACGAGACUCUGUCCGACAGCGACAACUGAGCGUGUGCAGCUCGACCCCUGCUGUCAGGGUGGGUGUGGCCUGAGCACAGCGGCCGACGGCAUUGGAUGCAGCGAAGGUGCUUUUUCUUGAGUGACAGACUCCCACAGAAGCUUUAAGCGUUAUUGUUGUAAAGUAGAAUUAUUAAAAAACAUCUUAUAAUGUAAAAAAUUAAAAUAAAAUGGAAUAAAAAUAAUUUCAGAAAAACUUUAAUGUCUUUAAUUGAGUGAAUGUAAAUAUAAAAAUGCUAAUUGUCUAUCCACUUUUUGGGAGGGAUGGGCCAGGUGUACUUUGGCCUCUUCCACAAAGCUGAGGUGUGUGUUCCUGUGCCCCUGUGGGCAAGAUCCAGGUGUAUAUCACCGUGUGCAAAUUAUCAAAUCCAAUGAACUACCAGUGUUGUUUCAGCACUAUUACACAUUAGUCAAUUUGCGGCACUGUAGCAGUAAUGCAGAUUGUUCUAUAUAAUUAUGAUUAUUUGUUUUUUUCCAGUCUUUGCAGUCUUCUCUUUAGAUUUUUGGGCAAUGCCCAGUAUUCCAAACACUGGCAUCGCAGUUUUGAUGAUGGAAGGAGAAAUAAGCUUGACCUUACAUUUUUUUAUUUUGUUUUUGUUUCUUUUAUUUUAAUUUAAACAUGUAUGUUUUUUGACCCUUGUUAGUGACCGGAUGGGAUUUAGAUUGGUCAAUGUCAGUGUUUUAUUGAAAGGUGACCACAGUCACAGCUUUGCUGAAGUGGGAGCAGAUGGGGAAUGGGGGUUUAUUUGAUGCUUAUUAAUGUGUCAGAAUGUUGUCGUGUGUUUUGCCGUUUCCUUUUGGCACCGGUCUGUGGUCAGGAGACGGCCAGUUUUUUCUGCGUUUUAUAUAAUCCUGCAGUAUCUGUGUAUCUGAAUCCCCCCAAGAAUGGGUUAAAUCGGUGCUAUGAUUUUUGGUACUGCAAUUUUUAAAGCAGAAAGUGAGCAGAGCUCUUAUGUGUUUUCUGACAGUGUGAGCUGCUUUAUCACCUAUAAGCGCUAUCUGUGCUGCUUUCUUUCUGUCUGCAUUGUGACUGCUGACUCUGCUCAUUUGCUCUUCUGCCAUUUUAAAUGUGUUUUAUUUUCAUCCCUCGCCUUACUUCUCCCUCCCAGGCGGUAAUGUGCUUUCUCAGUUAUAAUCCCAUGUGCUGUAUGGGUCUGGCAGACGCACACCCGCCACACGCAUGUAGCCCCCCCCCCCCCUGUUUCACACCCUCCACAUCACAUGUAGCCCCCCCCCGUUUCACACCCUCCACACCACAUGUAGCCCCCCCCCCCCUGAGGAUUGGCAUGGAAGGGUCACAGGUUCGAUUCUGGAUGGUGCCUCAUCCGGGAUCCCGCACUUUCCCACGUGAGACGGCUUUGGCAUCAGCAGAACGGCAUAUUCACAGUGUUAUGCCUGGUCAUUGUCAUCUUAAUGACUUCUCAACAUGUGUUAAGAAUUAUGCCAUUUAUUUUGCUGAGUAGAGAAAACCCUACCAUAUACGUCAUAUUCACUCACCAUUUUUAUUAUUUCUGUUCUGUAUUUAAUCACCUUGAUGUUUCUGUUUGCUCAAGUUACAACAUGUCUGCUUGUGCUUCAUUCUCACACUGUUUUGGCAGAAGAAUGUCUGUCUUUAGAAGUUUUUGGUUACAAAAAAGUGCAUUCUUCUAGCCUGUUUCACAAUGAUUUUAAUUAUUUCUGUCUAAUAUGAGACUUGAAAGCCUGUGCACCCAUGCUGUCCAAAUGCUGAAAUUGCACAAUGUCUUUUUAGUAGUCUAUCUUACGCAUUGGAACCAGUCAAUAAACUGGAUCAAUUCUG